UUUAAAUACUUUUAAUCAAACAAUAAAUAGAACAGUACUAUAUCAGAUUUUAUCUGUUACUUAUAAAUAACAGCUCAUAAUUUAUCUCAUCCUAUCUUCGUGGCGACAAAAACACAACAGCAAUAGGUACCUACGUAGGUACCUGGAAAAGCCACCUACGAAACUGCAAAUAAAAGCAAAAUCAAAAUAAGCGUCAGGACGGGUAGGCAGUAAAUGAGGAAUAUUUAUAAAAAGCAGGCUUUUAAAAGUUGCAGAUAAAAAACUGAGCCUCGGAUAUUAACCCCAAGGAUGUCUGCGCAAGGCCUAACCUCUGAAGCUCAAUUGCGAUACCUUUUACAAUGGUUUGGAGAGUUUAGUGAACUACAGCGUGAAGAUUUUUUGCCGGUACUUGCUGCAUCACGAUGUGAUAAGCCUGAACAAUUGGCUGCUACCAUGGCAAAUAUGACUUGUCAAGAUAAACCGGUCAGCCUAUUUCAGUGUCGAAUCAAACUAUUCAAUGAAUGGUUUCCAACUUGGUCUCGGGAAGAGCAAGACAGAUUUGUCACUAAAAUAUCUGAAAUAGACUCCGAAUUUGGUGAGAAACUUCACGAAAUAAUCACUGAUGGGCCUAAAGUUAAUGGAACUGAUGAACCUUGGAUCAAUGAGCAGAAUGUAGAAGCCGAACGCGAGGAUCAGGUACCAGAAAACAUUCCUGUUGAAAUUGUAGCUGCUUCAUAAUUUAUAUUUUAUUUAUAUUGACACGCUAAGUAUUAUAUUGUCUCAAAUCAUAAUUGUGAAUCUCUUAAAAUAGUUUUUUUAAAUGAGCAUUUUUGUGUUAUAAAAUUUCCUGUAUAGGACAUUACCAUAACAAGUAUUAACAAUUGUGCCCCAAAUUUUAAAAAGACUUAUUCCAGUUUAUAAACUAAAGCUGUAUCAUUCCAUUUAUGCAUAUUUUGUGAUUUUAAUAAUGCGGAUGUUAGUUGUUUUUAUACAUAUUUAUAAGAAUACUGAUUACAAUUUGGUAAUCUUUUAAUAAAAUAAUAAUAGGAAAACAAGAAAAUAUUACAUAAAAGCACUCCAAUGAGUACAAAUGUUACAGUAUUUUUUUAUUAUAUUAUUUAUUGUUUUUAAUAAUAAAAAUAUUUUUUUUCUAAUGCACACAAUGGUUAUCGUUCCAGAACUUAAAUUAUCUGUAAUAUGAACAGGUUAAAGUAGAAAUGAACCAUGAAUGUUAUUUUAACCGUACCUAAUAAUAUUUUUUUAACAUACAAUCAGUUUCACAUAUUUAGCAGCUGUUUUAAAAUAAGCACAAAAUUGUAUUGAUUAUGUUCUUAUUAAUAUUUUAUCGUGAGUUAUAAAAUAUUUAAGUCAGAUCUUAGUAAUUAGCGUUGAGAAUGUAGUAUUUUAUAAAAUAACAAAGCUGUAAAUGUACAUUGUGUAGCAAUGUAUGCUUGACAAUCAAAUUUUCUUUACUAAUGAUGAUCCAAGCUUCCCUAGUGCUAGUGGCUAGUGGACAAGACUCCACAGUAAAUGCGUUAACUCAACACACAAUAAUAUUAACGAAUGUCUGCCAGGGAAAAGGAAAAUAAACACUAUUUUGUAAAAAUGGAAUCUGCAAACUUAGUGU